GGCCCAAGAGUGGGUGCCGCAGGUGCUCCCGCAUAUGUAUAUGAGCGGCCGCAGAUGACUACGAACCUUAGCAACUCUCCCCUCCCCCGCACCCCGCAAAACUCCCCCGCACGACAUGUCGCCCUCCCCCCUCUCCCUGGGCACCGUCCACACCGCCCUCCAGUACAUCGCGCCCCCUUCACAGCUUGACCAGCCGCUUCCACCGUUCCUGCUCUCGAGGCCAUUACUGCAACGUCACCACUUCCUCUCUAUAUCCACGGACGAUCCGGUGCAGUACCUUUGCUGGCCGUCCGAGACGUCCACGAGAGCAGUCGACCUUUUGGAGAACCUGCCGCGCCCUGUGGACGACGACGCCUUACGGACAUAUUCCGUGCGGUACACCUCUGAUACCGAACAUACCUAUGCCCAUGUCGCGCUGCACGCUCCUGGGGAGGCUGACGCGGUGCGACUCGUCUUCCAAUGGGACGAGCUUGAUGGCUGGAAGUUCCACGAUACCAAGUUGAUGCCAUUCCCCAAGGAAUGCAAGACGGAACUUAGUGAAGUCUCGUCAUUCCAGGCGUCACUCAGCAGCUCUCCCCAAAGCGAUGCUGUGGCCCCCGCGUACAACCCGUAUAGAUUUAGCGACCAAAGCGACGACGAGAGUGACGACGACUACUGGAAUGCUUACGGGGCCAGCGACGCCGAUGGCCCCUCUGCGAUGAAUGCGCUAGCGUCUUCCAAAGAUGCAGACGACGGCGAAGAUGCAUAUUGGGCACGCUAUGCCACCGUUCAGGGAACGGCCGAUUCCACGAUACCAUCUCCACCUAUUCAGAGGCGUAGACCUGAUCCUUACGCCGACCCUUCCCAUGAUACACAUGCUGUGGAGUCUCCAUAUGCGCUCCCCGUGCCCGCUUGUGUAGACAGCGAAGUCUUGCAGAUCCCUCCUUCCCUCAUGCGCCAGGAACGCCCGACGGGCUCCCGCAUGUCAGAUCCAGCGUCGCCCAAGGCACUGGCCCGCCUCUUGGCAGAGAUAUCCCCCCGCCACAGUCUGGCAGUCCUUGACGACUUCGAGGAUAUCGAGGCGCCAGCACUCGAAAGCGACACCUCCGACGCAGCCACCUCGUCCGAUGACGCACUCGGGCUCAUUACCAGCGCUGAGGAAUCCCCAGUCGUGCACGAGGCCCUGGGCGCCACUACUAAGGAGUUCGGUGCAGCCUUGGAGAGAGACGAGGAGGACGAGGCUUUGCGACAAAGUCUCAAGGGGCUGUAUACGCUUUGGAAGCAGAGCAGAAAUGGGAGGGGUGCCUCAUUCGGGCACGGGAGCAGAGCGUCUUUCUUGCGAAUUGUUCAGGACGUUCCGUCCCGGAAGUUCUGCUGUGAGGACCUUGGAUGCGUCCUUGCAGACAUGGAUGACCCGGAAGAUGGUAGCACGACGGGAGAGUAUGAACAAUGGGAACGCCUUUUGAACGAACAGACAGGUCUUUUCAGGAGGACCACCGCCCGUAACAAAGAGCUUGAGGCGAGGGUCGAAGAGCUCGAAAGAGAAGUCGCCGUCUGGAAAAUCGCUCACAAGGCUGUAGAAGAUGAGAAAAACGCCUCGAACAAACAGGUCUCCAGGUUAGAGCGUAGUAUUGGGUCGUUAAAGGAGGAUAGCCCCCUUAUCUUAUGUCUUAUAGAUGGCGACGGAAACAUUUUCUCGCCGCAGCUAAUUCGUGACGGUCUGGCGGGAGGACGGCGUGCGGCGAAGGUACUCACGCAAGGCCUCACCGAGCACAUGGCGAGCCUUGAUCCCGGGCACGGCGGCUCCGCAGGACGCGGCGAGAUUUGGCUCACGAUAUACUGCAACAAGAAAGGACUCACCGAGGCGCUGACGGCGAACGAUCUGUGCACGGCGGAACAAUUUGAUCAGUUUGUUAUGGGCUUUAAUCAGGCGACGCCCUUGUUCUCAUUCGUCGAUGUGGGCGUCGGGAAAGAAGCGGCGGAUUCAAAGAUCAAAGAAUUUCUCCGUGUAUUUACUCGCUUCCCCCAGACCUCGCGUGUAUUCUUCGGAGGAGCACAUGACAAUGGCUAUACCUCCGCACUGAAUUAUCUCGCCAACGAGGGUCUGCACCACAAAUUAACGAUCCUGCGAGGCUAUAGAGAAUUUGCAUUUGAAGUCAAGAGCUUAAACCUCCCAUUCCUUGACAUCCCGGGCCUUUUUAUGACGGAGAGGCUCCAAACUAUCAACUACAAGAGACAGCAAAAUGUUCAUACGGGCAAUAUUCAGCCGGUUCAAGUACAGGAUUUCGACAAAUUCAGAAACAGACCCUCGCCUGCAUUGCAGACUCAAGGUGUGCCUGGGUCGCCGGGCAAGAAGGCUGAGAAUGGUCGGAUGCCAAUCCCAGGACUGCCGUUGCAUAAGCAUCGCCCGCCUCCAUGCAAUUUCUUCUAUUUGAUGCACUGUAAACACGGCAACAAAUGCCGAUACGCUCACGAUUACAUUCUCGAUGAGAAGCACGUCAUGGAGCUACGGGAAAAUGCUAAAAAGUGGCCUUGUCCUGAUCUCAACAGAGAUAAACCCUGUCUUCUGGGGAUAGUUUGUCCUAUGGCUCACCAGUGUCCGAACGGCGCUAAGUGCAUUUAUGCGAAAACUGGGAAGUGCAAGUUCUCAAAGCCCAUGCAUGUUGGUGCUGCUGAUUCAACGCAAGCAUCGACCCCUGUCAGAAGUCCCAGCCCAGCUUCGACGACCAACCCGUACAUCGAGACAUCGUCCACACCGGACGACUCGGCAUACGAUGACGUUUUUAUGCCUUUCUUCGGUGCACCACCUGGGCUAUCCAAGCCGCAGAAACCGCCACAGAAAAGUCGUUCGCAUUCACCAUGACAGGCCGCGGGUACAGUCUGAUUGGACGCGGUCACAUGACAUCCACGUGGCGAGGUUGGAAUUGUUGGGAUUCCAUACUUAAAGUCUUCCUGUAUCGUACACUCUGCAUUCUCCCUACACACACCCAGUGCUCGCUCUAUACACAUUAUGGACGCGUUUGAGGAACAACGUGAGGCCAAUAUCGCCCGCAAUAGGAAGAUGCUCCAAGACAUGGGAAUCGAGGUCAUCAAGAACGAAAUCGUCAUGUCC